GAUAAGGCGGGACUAUCCCAGUGGCGACUGUCAAGAUUGGCAAAGAGCUGCGGUUGCUGCGCGCAGGUAAAGAACAAGCGACGGCGAAAGAAAACAUUCGUCCGCGGAAGAAAGCCAACAGUGGGAUGGGAUCUGGCCGGCCGCAAAAAGCUCUUGCGGAAAUACCACUCAAACGACGCAUUUAACUUUAAGAAAGGAGAAGAAAUUGCUGUUGUGUCAACCGUCGUUUGUCUCGCGGACACGCUUCUCCACAGCAGCAACUUGGACAGCUGCGUGCUUGCCAGCCAUCAUCAACAAAGAAUGAAAGCAUUCAAACGAACUUCAGAAGACGAGCGAAACAUGGAGCAGGAGCAUUCUUCUGCGUUGUCGGACAGUGAUGACGGCUCCCCGCUCGACCUGUCAGGAAGCGGACUCUUUGGGAAGCGCCGUCGCCGUGGCAACCUGCCCAAAGAGGCGGUGCAAAUUCUAAGGAGCUGGUUGUAUGAGCACCGUUUCAAUGCCUACCCCUCGGAACAGGAGAAACUCAGUUUGUCCAGCCAGACAAACCUCUCGGUACUGCAGAUAUGUAACUGGUUCAUUAACGCACGCCGCCGCCUUCUGCCUGACCUGCUCCGAAAAGAUGGCAAAGACCCCACCAAGUUCACAGUCUCUCGCAAGUUAAGCGGGAAAAGCGACGGCCACUCGUCCACAGGAGGUGGCGCCAGCUCCCCCGACACUCACUCUUCCACAGGCUCCACUCAACAGCGCCCGACUGUCAUCCGCUCGACCCCUACGUUGGACCUCAGCGUUCUCGGGAACACGGCCACCGCCAUCUUGACCGGAGCUGGCUAUCCAGGGAAGGACGGCUCAGUUCAGGCAUUGAUGGGGCUUGACACGCAAAGACUGCUGAGGGAGGCCGAGGAACGAGGCGAGAACACAGCAUCGGCAGCAGUGACUAGCCCAACCGGCGGGCUCUUCAACACUCCACCUCCGACUCCCCCUGAGCUUAUUCCCACUCAGGAUUUUAGUGAUCUGAGGCUCCUAGUUGACGCGGCACUCCAAAGGGCAGCGGAGCAAGAGAAGCUGAACCGGAUCCAAGAGAGUCCAAGCAUUCCGAAAGACACCAUAAAGACUGAGAAGGUAGAGUCACAGUGCACCGACAUGGGCCCCACGCCUCCUCCUGACGACAGCCAGCAAGUCUUGGAUCCGUGCAGGGUCCAAAGUCUGAUGGAGAAGGCGAUGGCGGUCUCGGUACCGGCCGGAGCUCCAUCGACACCUUUGCCUUCAGCUGCACCAGCUUCAGUCCUGGUCUCGACAUCCAGGUUGUCCCCUUUGCCCAUGACCAAAGUCCUCUGGAACCCAAUAGAGAUGGACUCCAAGCAGUCACAGCUCAUCCCGGCCCACGUGCCAACUUUGCUUACAGUGUUUGGGCAGCCAAAGUCUGAGAAGAAUUGCACCGAUCCAGUUACGGAUCUGAAUAGUCCUCCAGCGCCAGCGACGAGGCCAAAUGCAGUGCAGUCACCUGCACCGGUCCAAGCUACAGGUUCUACCUCCGCAACAAGUCAGUCUUCACCAGCAGCGGUCACUCUUGUUCCAGCCACUCCUGCGCAAACAAUUGCCUCGUUCUCAGCUCCACUUUACCUGCCCUUCAACAAAUCCAAGCUAUUCCCCGUCGCCGUCCCCUCACCUGUGUCUCCUCCCCUUCGGCCCUCCGCUGUUGCUACCUCUGGCCAAGCUUCAUCUCAACCCCUCAAAUCAAGAUCAACAGUCACGCCUCUUCUUGGUCUCUCUCCUCACCUCACCACCGCCGCCAGUUGCGACGGCGGAAGCGGGGGUAACUCGCAGUGGAACUCCACUGUGGUGCCCAGCGUCUGGAGCAUGGUCCACACUGACGCCAGGCAGGGCAGCCCCCUCCAAGUUGUGAAACCCAUCACCAGCACAGUGUGGGGUUCCCAACACACAGCCUGCACACAGUGAGUGGAAUGUGAUUUGCCUACGUUUCGGGGCAGCCAGAGUACAACAGAAUGUUAAAAAGAAUGUAUUUUCAUCACCACUCAAUGAGCUGCAGAUUCAAGCAACUCGUCGUUUUUGAAGUCUAGAAUCAAACAGCUGCUGUUAGCAACACUCGGUUAGCAUUCCAUUCAAUUCACAUGAAUAGAACUGCGCAAACUCUCAAAUGUUGGAAAGGUAUUCAAACACGUUCCAUUGGUUACAUUAGUUUUUACAUUAGCAACGUAGUCCUCGAUUUUAAAAUUCAAUUGAUCAUCAUUGGAUUUUUUUUUCGUGGGUUAACUGGAGUUAAUUGUGACUUUCUUCAGUCAAGAUGCACCGCGCAUUAGUAUCUCCUGUUUCGGAAUUGCUGUCUUUAUUUUAUAGCAAGUUUUUUAUACAGAUAUGUACAGUCAUGGAUGAAAUUAAUGGCACCUCUGGAACUUUCCCAGAAAAUACAGCAUUUCUAACGGAAAUUAAUGCAAUUACAAAUGUGUUAUUUCUUGGACGCAUAUUGGAAAAACACAAGAAAGCUGAAGAGAAAAGCCAAAGCGGACAUAAUUUUACACAGAAUGCGAAAAAAUGGGCUGGACAAAAUUGUUGGCACCCUCAACCCUCAGAUGAAAUAACAGAAAGCAAUCGCUUCCUGUAACCAUUAACAAGUUUCGUGCACCUCUCAGACGGAAUUUUGGACCACUCUUAUUUUGUGAACUGUUCCAGGUUUCUCGGAUUAUAAGCGUGUCUUCCAACAGCUGUUUUGAAAUCUCUCCAUAGCGUUCAAUAUGAUUUAGAUCAGGAAUUCAUCGAUGGCCACCUGAGAAUUCUCCAGCGCUUUGUCUCCAACCAUUUCUUUGUGCUUUUUGAGGUAUGUCUUGGGUCGUUGUCCAGUUGGAACACCCUUGACUUCUGACGCAGACCCAGUUUUCUGACACUACACCCUACAUUGCGGCACAAAACAAUUUCAUAAGAUUUCGUAACUCCUUGCACACUGUCAAGGCACCCAGUGCCAGAUAGUCAAACAUGGUGGAGGUUCAAUGAUGUUUAGGGGUUGUUUUGCUGCUUCUGGCACUGGGUGCCUUGACAGUGUGCAAGGAAUCCUGAAAUCUGGAAACUAUCAA